AUGUCGGUUUUGCUGGAGACCACCGUUGGGGACAUUGUCAUUGAUCUGCUGGUCGACCAUUCGCCAAAGCUGUGCGAAAACUUCCUCAAGCUCUGCAAGGUCAAAUACUACAACUUCUCUCCCAUCCACUCCGUCCAAAAGAACUUCUCCUUCCAGACCGGCGAUCCUCUCGGCCCUCUCGCCAAGCAAUCAGAUGGCGGCUGCUCAAUAUGGGGCCGCUUGUCGGGCGAUCCGUCAAAGCGCACCUUCACAGCUCCGUUUCACCCCAAGCUGAAGCAUCUCGAGCGAGGCACCGUCAGCAUGGCAACAGUGCCGUUGGCUUCAGACCCGGACACGCGAGUGGCGGCGUCGCAGUUUAUCAUCACCCUGGGCGAAGAGACAGAUUUCCUCGAUAGCAAGGCUGCUAUUUUUGGCAAGGUUGUAGAGGGGUUUGAUGCACUGGAAAAGAUCAACGAGGCCAUGGUGGACGAUAAGGGAUACCCAUUUGUCGAUAUUCGGAUUAAACACACCGUCAUCUUGGAUGACCCCUAUCCCGACCCGCCAGGCCUUCGAGAGCCCAGCUCGAGCCCUCCACCGUCCGAUGAGCAGCUGAGGACGGUCCGAAUCGCCGAUGAACAAGAACUACACGAGAACGACGACGUAGAUGAGGAAGAGCUGGAGAAAAGAAGGCGAGAAAGAGAGGCUAGAGCACAGGCCUUGACACUUGAGCUUAUGGGCGAUCUUCCCUUUGCCGAGGUCAAGCCGCCGGAAAAUGUCUUAUUCGUCUGCAAAUUGAAUCCCGUCACACAGGAUGAAGAUCUGGAACUCAUUUUUGGUCGAUUCGGAAAGAUUCUGAGCUGCGAGGUAAUUCGGGAUCAAAAGACGGGCGACAGCUUACAGUACGCGUUCAUCGAAUACGAAGACAAGGCGUCAUGCGAAGCGGCAUAUUCAAAGAUGCAAGACGUCCUCAUUGAUGACCGACGAAUCCAUGUCGACUUUUCACAGAGUGUUAGCAAGCUUAGCGAUGUAUGGAGACAAGACACCAACAGUAAACGCAGAGCAAGGGCUCGAGGCGGCUGGGGUGGAGUGCAAGAGCUCGAAAAGCGGCGGCAAUAUCGUGAAGAGGAUGAAAGGAGCUCUGGGAAGGACUAUAACAUGGUGUAUAGUAAGGAGGAGAUGAAAGGACGGCAUGAUCAGAGGCCUAAGCCUCGAAGAGACGAUGACAAGCAGGACAGGCAGGACAGGCAGGACAGGCAGGACAGGCAGGACAGAGGAGGCCAUGACAGGUAUGAUCGAAGAAAUGACGACAGGCCCCGGCAACGAGACAAUGGAUAUCAAUCUCGGAAUAGGAGCAGGAGCCCUCGUCGAGGAAACAGAGACGGUGAUCGUGAUAGACAGUUUAAGCCAAGGGACGGGUAUCGACACGACAGGCGAGACAGAGACAGAGGGGACAGAGGGGACAGGGACAGAGACAGAGACUACAGGCGCAGAGACAGGUAA